CAUUCAGAGGCUAAACAAACAAAUGGAACACACAAAAAAGAUCAAUGGAACAUCAUUCAAUUUAGUUCCACACUGAAUCUACAAGACAUAAACAGGUAAAUAUUUUGGGGAUGGUAGCCACAUUAUAUUUUGACUAUUUUCUCCAUGACAAUAUUUUGGGAAAGAAAAACUGAAAUACGGUACCAAUACAAAUUGGGAUUCUGGUUUAAUCUGGAUCAGACUUCAUUUCUGUUUUAGGCUGCGGUCCAGAAAUAGACGUAUAUAUCUAUACCUAGCUUGUAUUACAGAUACAGAUUAGUGUUAGGAUUGAACAUGUAAUCCUAAUGUUAACCCAUUGCAUUCAGUACACCUCAAAUAUCUGAAGGAUUGGGAGGAUUUUUGGAACAGAUCUAAAUAGUUCUUCAGAGGUAUGGAUGGUGGAGGGAAAGGGUAACAAUAAGGAAAAUUAUUAAUAAGCUUCCAUAUUAUUGGAUGUAGCUUACUACAUAGCCCUCUUCCAAUACAGUAAAUUAGCAUGGUAAAAACACUUUCAUGGUAAAUAUAUUUUGUAAUUUCUUACAUAAAGCAGUUUUUCAUAAAAAUAGAAUUUGAAAUAUGUUUUAUGAUACAAUAUGAAUACUUUAUUGUCUUCUUAGUUGUCAUGGAUGAUGAUGAUGAUGAAGCCUGUCUCUUUGAUCUUAUCGGAGAUCCACAGGCACUGAAUUACUUUCUACACGGAGGGGGAAGUAAAUCUAACAGUGAAGACUUGAGUAACAUAGGAUAUUCUGCAGCCAACUCAAAUUCCAUUUUUGCCAAUACCAGUAGCUCUGAUCCUAAGUCAUCAAUCAAAGGUGUUGGUGGUCAGCUUGGAGAAGGGUCUAAUGAUGGACUACAGUUGCCAAGUACUCUUCAGUUUCUUGAUGAUGAACUUGAAUCAUCUCCAUUGCCUGAUCUUGGUGAAGAUCAGCCUUUUGAUAUCCUCCAGAAAUCUUUGCAAGAAGCUAAUAUUACUGAGCAGACUUUGGCAGAAGAGGCUUAUUUGGAUGCCAACAUAAGCUCCAAUCAACAGUUUGCACAAACACAACUUCAUCCUUCCUCAUCAGCAUCUUUUACUCAGGCUUCUAAUGUUUCUAAUUACUCAGGUCAAACGCUGCAACCUAUUGGAGUUACUCAAGUAGUACAGCCACCAGUUGGAGCAUCUUUUACAAGCAAUACAGUUGGUGUGCAACAUGGCUUUAUGCAACAUGUGGGGAUCAGUGUUCCCAGUCAGCAUUUGUCAAAUAGUCAGAUUGGUAGUUCUGGACAAAUACAACUCAUUGGUUCAUUUAGUAAUCAACCUUCUAUGAUGGCCAUAAACAAUCUUGAAGGAUCUCAUAUUAUAUUGAAGGGUGGUGGCCAACAAGCACCUGCAAAUAUGAGUGGUGGACUUUUGGUUCAUAGACAAACUCCUAAUGGCAAUUCGUUGUUUGGCAAUUCAAAUUCAAGCUCAGUAGCACAACCUGUAACUGUUCCAUUUAAUAGUACAAAUUUUCAGGCAUCUUUGCCUGUACACAACAUCAUUAUACAGAGGGGUCUUGCUCCAAAUUCUAACAAAAUUCCCAUCAAUAUUCAACCCAAACCAAUUCAGAUGGGACAGCAAGCUACAUACAAUGUAAAUAGCUUAGGAAUACAACAGCAUCAUGUACAACAAGGAAUUCCCUUUGCUUCGUCAAAUUCACCUCAGAAUUCAGUAGUUGGUCCACAUAUGUCUGUUAAUAUUGUUAGUCAGCAAAAUUCAAGAAAACCAGUUACUCCCCAAACAGUAAGUAAUGCCAGUGGUAGCAUUGUUAUCCAUUCUCCAAUGGGACAACCUCAUGCAUCCCAGAAUCAGUUUCUUAUACCCACAAGUCUGUCUGUAAAUCCCAGUCCAGUUCACCAUGUCCAGACUGUAAAUGGACAGCUGCUUCAGAAUCAGUCUUCACAACUUGUUCCCAGCCAAGUAUCCACUGAGCAUGUUAUGUUAAAUAGAAACUCUGCGAAUAUGCUCAGAGGUAACCAAGCAUAUUCAGGACAAAUGCUGAAUAAUCAGAAUGCUGUACAGUUAGUUUCUGGUCAGACAUUUGCUCCUGGAAACCAAGUUAUAGUCAACCAUGGAACUUCUCAAAUUGUUGGUGGUCAGAUUCCACUACAACAAUCCUCUCCUGCUGUAUUACAUUUAUCCCCAAACCAAGGAAAUCUUUCCCAAGGCAGAACAGGAUAUUCAGCAGCGUCUCCUGGACAGGCAACUGGUUCAAAUAUAUCUUCAAGUAAUCGUUUUACUGUUGUGAGUUCCUCUGCUACGGUACAUCCAAACAUUGGCUCAUCAGUUCAGUCUGUAGCUUCAAGUGGAAGCUUUGCUGGAGAUCAACUUACACAGCAAAAUAGAACUCAGUUGUCAGUCAGUGUAUCACAUCGACUUCCAGUUUCUUCAAAACCUGUCAGUCCUUUUAGUCAAACGUCAGUAACCCAGUCACCGUUUUCUUUUGGACAGGCUCAAAAAAAAGGAAUCAACCUGGCAUCUUCGGUUGCAUCAUCAAAAUCACAAGACAGCUUGAGACAACCACAGUCAACAAAUCUUUUAGGACAAGAUGCUGGAGCCAAAAUCAUACAACAACCUAUAGGAACAGUGUUACCACACCCGGAAAAAAUAGCAGGGUCAUCGCUUGCUCAAACAAAUGUGCAGGUGGAUGGUCAUAUAGUAGGACAAAAGAGGCCUGCUUCUAAACAGUUAACCAAAGGAGCCUUCAUUCUACAGCAAUUACAGAAGGACCAGGCACAGGCUGUAGCUCCUGACAAAAGUCAGUUCAGAUCUUUAAGGGAUGCAGUCCAGAGACUUCUUUCAUAUCAUGUGUGCCAGGGAUCACCGCCAACUGAAGAGGAUUUAAGGAAAGUGGAUAAUGAAUUUGAAUCUGCAGCAACACAGCUUCUGAAAAGAACACAGUCAAUGCUAAAUAAAUACAGAUGUCUUCUAAUGGAAGAUGCAAUGAGGAUAAAUCCUUCAGCAGAAAUGGUAAUGAUUGACAGGAUGUUUAAUCAGGAAGAAAGACAAUCUCUGUCCCGGGAUAAACGUCUUGCAAUAGUUGAUCCUGAUGGUUUUCUGGCAGACUUUUGUUGCUCAUCCACGCAAUUUGACAAGGGUGCUGAUGAAACACAGCUUCACGAAAGUGAUCAUCAAACUAGCAAAUCUUUAACUUCUCCAAACCAGACUGCUAAUGCCCAAAUGAGAGACAAGUCAAGCACAGCAGAGUCUUUAAUGUGCAACAAACUUCAUGUAGUGCCUAACAAUAUUGUGAGUCCACCACAAGAAAACAUUUCUGUUAAAAAAGCAGAUCUUGCAAAAGCUUUAACAUUUGAGAAAUGCUCUUCUGAAAGCUGCUCUCCCGAAAGCCAACAUAUGGCUUCUUCUGAACAAAAAAUUGCUCUUAAAGGUCUUGACAAGUUGAAUGAAAAUUCUUUAGCUUCUAAAGAUCAUUCAUCUAAAAUCUUAUCAAAUGCAGAUCGUGGUACGCAUAAUAAAACCUGUUGGAAUACAAUUGAUUCUCAUUCAGAAACAGCACAUAAUCAUUCCCUCCAAGAUAAAACUCCUCGGAGUUCUCCAAAGAAUAUCGAUUUGCCACCAGACAGCUGGAAAGUUUCUGGAAAACCCCAAAAGGAUUUGCUGGUCAAUAAGAGUUUAGAAACUACAUUCAAAAAUAUAUUAGAACUGAAAAAGACUGAAAGGCAGCCACAAAGUGGGGGAGCUGCUAGUGGCUCUCUGGAGUUAGAGUAUCCUAACUGUUCACUUAUUGCUCCACAAGAAAACUGCCUGGAGAAAUUUAUUCCAGACCACAGUGAAAGCAUUGUAGAAACUGACUCUCUUUUAGAAGCUGCUGUAAAUAGUAUCUUAGAAUGUUAAUAGUUACAGUACCGUGGACAAAUUUCCCAUAGAAACAAAUGUGAAAGAUACCACAAAUACAGCCUGACGUGUGUACUUUCUAAAGUAGGUUCUGUUCUUUGUUUGAGAGCAGUACUCAUUGUGGUUACAGUGAGGUAUCCAGUAAUGUAAAACCUUAAGAGAAAGCUGUUUGGUAAGGCCUAUUCAUUGGCUGUGAUUGAAUGUAAUUCUCAACCAUGUUCUUUAUCAUUUCAAGAAUGAUUCUCAAUGAGCCUUUCCCUCCCCUCUCUUCUUCCAACUCAACUGCAGUGGUAAGAUCAGAAGCUUUCGUUUCUAUUUUAGACUAUAGUUUAAUGUGUUGCCUGAGGUUUAACCUAUAAUUAAUAACUAAACCAGAUUCAUCAACUGUGAUUUGCAAUUGUUGGCUUUUCAGUAGCUACAAUUAGGGUUGUAUAAUUCAGAGUUGACAAAAGUUGACAUGACAAAACUGGUUAAUAAAAUAUGGAACAGAAAAUCCCCAAUAUCAUCAUCAUGGUCUGUGGCUAAGUGUUACACUCUAACCACCGGAUUACAUUGCUUGUAUAAACAGUUUUAAUGUUGCAGCUUAAUGAAACAUUAAUUGACUAAACCCUACAUAAUAAGGUAGUAUAUUGACAAUCACAGACUACUAACAGGGGUAUUAAAUACGUUUAAUAAGAAAAAUGCUCUCUAUAUCUCCUGUCAAGAUUUAAAUCUCUGUGGUUAAAAAUUCUAUAGUUUACUUCUUCGCAGAAAUAUCUUUGCCAGGUUUACAAGAAAUAGAGAAAAAACUGUAAACUGAGAAAUUGUAAGCAGAGUUUACAGAGCUUUAUACUUCAAGUGCUAUUCAGCUGCUCCAUAAGCAGAAACCAAUAUAAUUCAAAGAAUUAUAGAAUUGUAGAAUUUAAGUUGCAAUUUGGUAUGGAACAAUAAAUAUUAAGUUUAGAAAACCUAGUAGAUGGGAAAUAUUAAAAAGCUAUAAAGUAGUCAUGCACAUACCAUACACAUAUACACACAAAAAAUUUUGAUUGACACAUUGAUUAUUCAACAAAAGCUUUUGUAUUUUAUAAUUGGAUAUAAUCAACUAAAUAUCUCCAAAAUGGUAUAAUGUUUUUCUAAACCAAGUAUGACAAGUAUUUUUACUUAAAAAUUGUGUUGUUAUAGUAAACGUUUAUAGUUUAAGGAGCACUAGCCUUAAUCUGAACAAAUUAAAGGACAGUGUUAUUUUGGUUGUUUCUGCUUCUAAUUGUUCAGAAUGUUAAUCCAUUCGCAGCAGUGGUCAUAUUACCAAAACACAUAUAAACCAAAGUUAAAUUUCUAUCCAUUAACAAAAUUACAUGUAAAAGCAUACAUCUCAUAAUCUAGAGCCAAAGGAAUCUCAUGCAUGGUUUGCGUUUGGCUGGUGGUCAUAUUGUUAAUGUAUUUUCUUUAUUAUUUAAAUAUACAGAUUUCUCCUUUUAUGUUGCCAGGCUUAAAGAACAAACUAUACAAGCUCUCUUUAAUGCUGCUGCAUACAACUAUGCCUGCUCAAAAGGACAGAGAACUGUGAUUAUGACGCUUUGUCUGCAGCUUCUCUUUACAGAAAUAUUUAAAAUUUAUUGAGGACUCUCUGGUCUUGAUUUGAUGGGGAUCUUUCUCUUGCAUUCAGCUGUAAAGUCACAUGUAGUUUUGCUACAUACAAUGACAAACUGGUUGUCAGUCAAUUUGCCAGAAUGUUUAGAAAGAAGUCACAUUUUCCUUUCUUUAUUCCAAAUAAUGUAAUGCAAAACUGUAUUCUGUUGUAUUAUUCCACAUAGAACACACUACCAUCCUUGUAUUGUGACCACAUUGCCAUGGAUUAAUAAAAUAUAAUUUAAUUCAGCAAAAGAGUAACAACAGUUAAUGUACAAUCCAUAUAUAACAGGAAUAGAAACAUGGAGUUUAGUUUUAUUGCCUCUUUUUUUAAAAAAAAAACCAGGUAUGUGAUUUUAAAGUCACAGACUUAUGAUUUUGUACACUUCCUGGCAACAAUAAUUUAAAUAACUAUAAUUGAUGGCUUGGCUUUGUCACAAAUUUAUUUUUUGUGAGGAUGGAUUUAAUUAUUUGUUUCUUUUAAGUAACAUAAAGAGAGUAGAAGGUGCUUUUCCCUCAAGGUUUUGUGAAGGAAACAUAAUUGAACUGUAACCAUAAUGAGGUAAUUUGGAAAGCAGGGUGUAUAUUGCGCCAGUCAUAUAAAUUAGUUUAACUAGUAUCUGAUUGGAAAUGUAAAAAAAAAAAAAAAGAUUCACAUUUGUACAACUUCUUAUUUUGGUUUUACCUGCCAGUGUAAAGUUCCCAUUGUAUGUACAGAAUAUUCUGAACCUAAAUACCAAAAUAAAGUGUAUAUGUUUUGAAUCUUAGGUGAGAGUUUAAUUUUAGAUAACGUCUUAGCCAAGACAUCUGAAAUGCACUUCAUCAAUGUGGAUUAAAUCAUACCUAUAUUUAUCCCAGGAUUUUGUGCUGGGAACCCACUGAACAAAGUUCAGCUGAAUUAACCUGGGAUAGUUAAUGUAUUUUAUUUAUUAAACUGAACUUGGUUUUAGAGUUCUGAAUAUUUUAAAUGGUAAUGCAGUAAAAAUAUUUUUGUUCAUUGUAAAGAAACAAAGUGUGAAUUUGUUACGCAGCCCAUGGUCCUGAAUCCAGUGAAGGCCAUUUAUUUGUGCUUACCUGCUUUGUAGAUUUGGUCUCUUGAAUACCUGAUGUCUUUCCACAUUGUCUAAAGUUAAAACAUUUUUAGCUGGCAACUAUAAAAAAUCUGAUUCAACAAGGUCAGCAUAACUGAUCUGUUAGAUUUGGGAGGCCUUACAGACUGACUUUACUGAAAGAGGAUGUGUCACUUUUUGUCAAUGUAAUAUGAACUUCAUUUGCUUAAAAACUUUCAUUUGUAUAGUAUGUCUCACUUGAAAUUGCUUUGUAUACAUUUUGUAAAAAUAUUUAUAAAAUGUUUUGUAAAAAAUAUAACAAAUUGCAGUUUAUUUUGUUAUGUUGGAUAAAUACUGUUAAAAUACACAUAUUGGUAAAAAUAUAUUGUUAAUCCAUGAAUAGGAAAUGUUUAGCUGGAUACUACAAAUUGAAACAACCAUUGCAAUACAGCCAAAGAUUUGGGAAAAA